AUGCCAUACCGCAAGAUCUCCAAAGACAUCAAAAUCGCCGCUAUGCAUCUCUAUGAAGACGAUGUACUCUCAAAGCCGGCGAUUCUAGACUAUCUCACCAUCUCCUCACGAACUUUCGACCGUAUUCUUGCUCUCUGGAAUGCUACUGGGGAUGUUGUCAGGGAGACGAACGGUGUUCGAGGCCGCCCCCGUAUUUUGCACUUUUCGGAUAUCGAAUACCUCAAGCGCCUCAUCCAACACCGCCCAGACUGGUUUCUUGACGAGCUUCAAUACCUGCUUCAGACCAAUCGCUUCAUUUCUGCGCACUUCACUACUGUCCACCGGGAACUCGUUCGAGCUGGAAUCUCUGCAAAGAAGAUCAAGAAGGCUGCCUCCGAAUGUGAUGAAGACCUUCAGGCUGACUUUAUUGGUCGGAUGGGCCAGUACUCGCCUGAACAACUCGGGUUUCUAGACGAAGUUUCAAAGGACGAGCGCACAUCAUCCCGGGCUCAUGGAAUGAUUGCGAGCACAGUUGUCGAAGGAUCAAUGACGCGAGACUUAUUCAUUGAGUACCUUGAAUUUACUGUGGUAUUUUGCUCAUCCAUUAUUUAUACACUAGAUGCCGCUUUGUGCGCCAUUUCCUGGAAAUCUGAGUGUGUUAGUGAUGGACAAUGCAAGGAUUCACCAUGGGGAGGAGAUUCUCGAGCUGGCAGAGCGCUUUGGGAUUAG